UCUGGCUGCUGGAGGAAAUCGUUCACCAUCUACAGGAUGAUCACCAUAACUUUUAGCCACCUCCCGUCCACCGGAUGGUGUCAGUGCAGGGUUGGGUGGCCGUUUAUAAACUGCCUCCCCGCCCCCUGCUUGUGCGCGCUCCUCGAUCCAGUGCCCGCUGUGUCCUCCGGACACAGUGGGACACCGAUCGUUGUACGAGGUCCCGAUCAUGUGAUCACUGAUUGGCCAAUCAGUGAUCACAUGCAGAGUAGUAAGCAAGAUGUCACUUCUGACAUCAUUGCUUACUACUUGUUAAAUCUGUGAAUGAUCACAGAGAUCACAUGGUACAGGGC